CUUGAUUAUUCCCCUCGGUAUGGGGAUUUUUUUUGUUUUGCAAAUCGGCCCGUGGGUUGACGAUUCGCGGCCACCUGCUAGAUUUACCUGUCGAUUUCGAACGUAGCGAGCCUGCGAUUCCUCCCCCUACUUCGGCGCGGAACAUGUGCGUGUGUGUGGCCUGUUUGGCUCUAGGGUGCGAAACCUGUUGUCUAUUUCGAACGCGUCUGGUAUGCUAGUUAUCUGCAAGGAAUUUGACAUGGUAGGCUCAAUCCUGAGAAGAAUUAGUAUGUAGGCUAUCCACCUUGUUUUGAACCGAGUUAAAAGUGGACGCAGGAUCUGUAGUGUUCAUCAGUUGACCAACUGAAAGGAGACGAUAGUGUGCAGGACCCGAUGAUAGGUUAGGCGUUUACAUAGUAAUGAACUGGAUAAACUUGAUUGCCAUGAAAAUUUAGCAUGAUAGUAAUGGAUUUACUAUAUAAUUUAGCUGCUAGUUAGUUGGCAUGGCUAGUUGUCGUACUCUGACAAGAUUAUCCAUCUCAUUAACCUGCAUGAUCUACAAUCUGUCGUGUUCUAUAGCAAUACUAUUUGUAGUUACCUGAAUUCAAUAUGUUUUAUUUAGCCUUUUGCCCACUUAGAUUGGAUAUAGUAGUAUGAAUUAUGUUGCUGCUUCAGUCGUUAGUACAAAAUAAUAAAGGCCGUAUCCCGCCAAUCGUUAACAGCAUUAAAUGCAUUCAAUGUAAAUAAUGUUCUCGUCCUUUAAUUCUGUUUAACUUCCAAGUCUGUAGAUUCUUUACCUUAUGCGCAAUUACCUUCAUUUAUUUGGGUUAUUUUUAUGAAAAUGGGAUUGAGAGAUGGGGGGAUCUUCUCCUUUUUCUUUUUUUUUGGGACUGGAUUAUUUGAAGGGCAAUGAUGGGAAGCGGGGGGGUUUCGGAUGGGUACGAGGGAUCAAAGAGGCCACGAAUGAUGGAAUCGAAUCCAUACUUCGCAGUGAACGCAGGGAGUCCGUUGGAUGUUUCAAAGAGGGCCAGGAUGAUGGAGCCCGGCGCUCCCUAUUUUGGAGGAGCCAUGGGCAGCAACGCUGGUGGCAGCGGCGCCGGCUUCUACCCUCCCUACAGUGCCAACUUGGCUGGUGCAGGGGUCAACACUAGCCUACAGAGCUUUCCAGGGGUUCGUCUGCGGGGGCUCCCUUUUGACUGUGAGGACCUUGACGUCGUCAAGUUCUUUACCGGGCUGGACAUAGUGGACAUCCUCCUGGUUCACAAGAAUGGCCGCUUCUCUGGCGAGGCAUUUGUUGUCUUCCCUUCGAACCUGCAAGCCGAGUUUGCACUGCACCGCAACAGGCAGAACAUGGGCAGGAGAUACGUGGAGGUGUUCAGAUGCAAGAAGCAGGAGUACUACGUUGCAAUAGCUUCUGAGGUGAGCCAGGGUGGUGGUGGUUUCGUCGACUCAGAGUACCGACACUCCCCACCUCCCCCGGUACGCCCCAGGAAGCCGGCUGAGGACAAGAGCAGCAUGGAGUACACCGAGGUGCUGAAGCUGCGUGGGCUCCCCUACUCUGCUACCACCGAGGACAUCAUCAAGUUCUUUGUGGAGUAUGAGUUGACAGAGGAGAACGUGCACAUUGGGUACCGCUCUGAUGGCAAGGCUACUGGUGAGGCCUUUGUGGAGUUCCCAACAGCUGAGGUUGCCAAGACGGCCAUGUGCAAGGAUAAGAUGACGAUCGGGACGAGGUACGUGGAGCUGUUCCCGUCCACCCUGGAGGAGGCGAGCAGGGCAAAGUCGCGAGGCAGGCAGUGAAAAUGCUUGCUACUACUAGAUGCUGAAUCCUGGGCGGUGUGAAGAGCUGUAUUGCAUUCGAGUUUAGCUUUUUUCCGUGCUUAAAUCUAUCACUGUUUGAUGGUGUCAAUUUGUGCUCAUGCUACUAGCUUGCUAUGGUGACUUUAUGAUAACUCUAUAUAAGAUGCUUUGCUGGGCAUGUAACUGCUACUCAAUCCUUGUCGAAAGCACUUGUACGUACAACAUUUUGUUCUUAUUUUUCAUGUCCUCCUGAGAUUGUCUGUAACCUUUUUCCGUGGGAUAUCUAUUGUUAUAAAGUGACAGACUUUGUUGA